GUCGUGUAUUUCCUAUUCGUUCUUUUAUUCAGGAACGUGCCAGAACCGAGCCUAAAUCCACUACAGAACCCAAUUCUCUCCGCCUAUCUAAACAACUCGGUGACAUCAAUAAACAUGCCCCUAUUGAGGAAUCUCCUACUGAAAGGCAUUCCAGCCGGUGGAGUGCUUGCAACGACAAGCUUUUUCUACAGCACCCGCCACAUUGACUUUGUUCCCCUAUCUCCUUCCGACCCAAUCUUUCAUACCAACUACCUUAAGAGCUACAAUCCCUCCGACAACCCGACCAUCCAUGACUUGCAUACUCGGAAGGUUCCGAUCUCGCAAAUAGACCCUGUUCUUUUGCAGGACAAGCAGAAGCUCCUCGAGCGAUACUGCGGUGGAGUUUGGGCCGGACUCGGGUUCGCAAUUCAACGCAUUCUCCUCACAUGUUUCCAUAGAACACCGGCUACCGCGCAGCAGCUCUGGUUGCCAUCCGAGCUUCUCGGGUCAAAUUUCGAGCCAGGAACCACGAUCGUCGAUCACUUCAAUGUCCUGGAGAAGUCUGGGAGUGCAAUUCUCAUCCGCGGCGGGGAUGUAGUUUCGAAUCAGGGCCUGCGGCCUUUAGAUGCGUUAAUGGAAGUCAGUGUAGAGGUGAAAUCCGAAGAUGAAGUGGUUGAGUUUGGCUUCAAGACUUUGUUCUUUCAGGGUCUUGGAAAAGCAGAGGGGUCGUUGAUGCCGGGGCCGGUAGUGUGGUUGCAUGAGCAGUACGCCAAGGCGAUGCUGGAGUCUGGGGUGCGAUAUGUCCUAAAGUAA